AUGGACGACAAGUUCGAACUUAAUGAUUUGAAGGUGGAGGUGGUGUGCCCGCCAGGAGAGAAGAUCUACUGUGGUGCUCAAGCAGGCGACUAUUUCCUGCUCCAAGGCGAGAUGUUGCAUCUGCCCCCCGGUCAAGGCUUCAGCAUCUACAGCUUUGCAGCGGUAUUGCCGCUUUUGGCAGCAAAGCAAAGACAGACGCAUUCCAGCGACUGGAUGAGUACGGACGCACUGGUGGCUUGUCCAGAUCCCCAUUGCAAGUCCCAGCUGAAAAUCACGAGAAUGGGAGCUCGGAGCUUUAGCCACAGYGAAACGACAGCGGUGCCGUUGGGAAGUGAACCGCAUUGA